CGUGGCUCCGAUAGUACUGGUAGGCAGCACGUAGCGUCGCCAUUUCGCACGUUGAGGUGGAGGAUGGAGGAGCUGGAGACGUUGGAGAGCACCGAGUGCCCUGAGUGCCCGGGCCCACCCCCUGAGUUCCGGUUGCCGCCACCCCCACGGCCACCGUUCCUCACCGACGGCACCUUUUGCUCGGAGGAACCCCUCACCGAGAUCGAAGAUUGCGUCGCCAUACCGAUGAUCGAUGCGUCGUACCACACGAAUCCAUCGCUCCAGAGCACCGCCCUGAUCAUCACCUGCGCGGUGGUGCUCCUCCUGAUGGCGGCGAUCGUCUCCGUCGUGUUCUGGAAACACAAACGGAAAGUGCAGAACCUGUUACCGUGCAAGAGCGCAGCAGGAUCCGCGGCAGCGGCGGCCGCCGCUGCGGCCAGUGGCCGUAGUCGGGUGUUAGCCGACGGACAAUCGCACACGGGGACCGGUAGCGCGGGCGUAGGCGGUGGCGCGGUUCUCUACGAGGAUCUCCCGGACGCGGUGUCGCACUCUCAGCUGCACAAUCAUCUACCACCGCAUCAUCCCGGCCAGGCGCCGACGAUCGAGAUGCUGGACGUCAAGGAUACCAACAGAGGUGUGUUCGUGUGCAGUAGUCCCGGUCCUGAUCCGUACACCUCGCAGGACCUCUACAAUCCUGUCUACGAGGAGCUCAGCAACGGGGACCAUCAGGAAACGGACGAGGAGAGCGAGCUGAACGCUCGUAACCGGCUGCACAAUCAUCAUCGGCACCAUCAUCGGCAGUCGACGUCGAAGCCAGCGAGCGAGGACGAGUUCGCCGAGGACGAGCUCUCGAUCGGCGAGCCGUCCGAGGCGAGGAUGCUCACCUCGAGUGGUCCUGCUUGGGGCACGUGUCCAGCCGGUGGCAGGCCACCGCGAGAGAGACGAGGCAGAAGCCCCAGGAGCCUGGACAGACGUAGAAGAGACAAGAACCACGAUAUGGGAGAGUUCCACGAAGGGAUGUUGCUGGACGCUUUGCUUCAGCUCUAUCCUAGCGUAGCUGGCGUAGCUGGCACCAGAACGAAUAGCACUCAACGACAGCAGUCCGUCCCGUCGGUGGCCCACAGGUUACCCUACUUCGUGCCCCCGAUGCCAGCCACCCAAGCCCUCAGGGUCGAGGAGAACCCCUACGAGAGCGUGCCUGUCCUCGGCCCGUUGCACCACUACUCGAGCCAAAGCAGAAGCAACAAGGACAGGUCCCGUAAAUUAAACGACAAAUACAAAUCGUACAACUCGCAAUACGGGCCCGAGUAUUACGGACUCCAAAACCAGGACACCGCCCCGGUUUACACGCAGGUAGGCGGUGAAUACUCGGACACCUAUUCCCAACCCACCGAUCGUCUCUACAACGAGGACAAGUACACGCAACCGGUGUACUACGGGCCCCGGGACGGGGACCAGAUAUCCACCACCGGCAGGCUGUACCAAGGUCAACCGGACAGCAGUUUUGGCAGCGAUAGCGGGUACAGCCAUCACACUUCCGGGACCACCGGUACCACCGGUACACGAAGCAGCAACUCGCGGACUAAUCAUCGGAAGGACAAGCAUCGGAACUCCCAUCAUUCCCAUCAUUCCAUGGACUACAUCGUGUCCUAA